CAAGCUUUUUAUACAUUAACACCCCCCUCACAAAAAAAAAAGAAAAAGAAAAAUGAAUAGAAAAGAGAAAGUGCAAUGGAAUUGGAGUUAGGAGUAACCAUAAGGAGGAGUAAUGGAAAUCUCACCUUCACCUCCACCGAAACUGAUGCCUUGUUCCUCCUCCUCGCUCAUCUACCAGGGUUUGAGAAGGAUGAGAUUGAGGUGGAAAUUGAUGAGGAGAGCGGGGAGAUUAGUAUUUGUGGAGCGGGAAGGGUGGAGUCGUUGGAGGAGGUGAAGGUAUUGAGGCUCGUGAAUGUCGCUAGAGAGGUUGAGAUUGAGCGAUUUUGCAGAGUGUUUCAGAUUCCUGAUGGUGUUGAAAUUGGACGGAUUGAUGCUAAGUUCUACGAGGACGAGGAAACUCUCGUAGUUUUGAUGCCUAAAUUGGCAACAGAGGAAACACCGGCAGAAGUCAUUGACGCAAUUCAAGAAGAGGAAGCUACAAUCACAAGUAAAGAAGAAGAGGACGAGGAGGUUUCUUGCGAUGGAGAUCAAGAGAAACCCACAGAAUCAGAUGGUGAUUCUGAACAGGAUCAAGCAGAAAUGGAGAUCGAGAUGCCAGAGGAGAAAAUAGAAGAUGAACAACUGCCUGAGCCAUUUGAACGAGAUGUGGAUCUUAAUCCAAGUGAAGAUUCGAUUUCAAAUGAAGAAAUAGAACCAAAAGAAGAAUCACAACAAGAGAUUGAGAUUCCCAUAAUACCAGAUCUGAUCGAACACGAAGAAGAAAUUCCGAGUUUAGAGACAUCAGAUCAAACACCGAAAUCGCGUGAUCCUGAAGAAAUUACGGAGUUGGAGCAGUUGGAUGAAAAUGAAGAACCCGAUCCACAUCAAGAUCGAGAACCGAUAGCUCUAGUACUAGAAGCUCCGGAUCAAGAUUCAGAGAAUGAAAGUACACAUGAAAAACCAGACGAGGAAAUAUGUCCAUUAAAAGAGUCCGAUCCGCAUCAAGAUCAAGAACCAGUAGCUCAAGAACUAGAAGCUCCGUAUCGAGAUUCAGAGAAUGGAAGUCCACCUCAAGAACCAGAAGAGAAAAUAUGUCCAUUAAAAGAUCCUGAUCCACAUCAAGAUCAAGAGCCGGUAUCUAAAGAACUAGAAAUUCCUGCACUAGACACACCGAAUCAAGAAUCAGAGACAGAAACAAAAGAACCGAUACCUCAAGAAGACCAAGGACUAGAGUCACCUGAUGAAGAUCAAGAAGUUGAAACAACCUAUCCACAAGAAGAACAAGAAUCGACACCUCAAGACCUAGAAAUUCCUGCUCUAGGUACUCCUGAUCAAGGUCCAGAGACUCAAACAACCGGGCCACAUCAAGAACAAGAAGAGGAACCAAUAGAUCAUCAAGAUAUUCAAGAGUCGCCUGGUGAUGAUGAAACUACAGAGGCUGAAGCAACACAUCCACAAGAACAAGAACCGAAACCUCAAGACCUAGAAAUUCCUACUCGAGACACACCGAAUCAAGACUCAGAGACUGAAACCACCGAGCCUGAACAAGAACCGAAACCUCAAGACCUAGAAAUUUCUACUCGAGACACACCGAAUCAAGACUCAGAGAUUGAAACCACUGAGUCCGAACAAGAACCGAAACCUCAAGACCUAGAAAUUCCUGAUUCACAGACUGAAACCACUGAGCCACAUCAAGAACAAGAAGAAGAACCAAUAGAUCAUCAGGAUAUUCAAGAGUCACCUGAUGAUAAAACUACAGAGGCCGAAGCAACACAUCCACAUCAAGAACAAGAACCGAAACCUCGAGAACUAGAAAUUCCUGCUCUAGACGCUCCUGAUCAAGAUUCGGAGACCGAAACAACCAAGCCACAUCAAGAACAAGAAGAAGAACCAAUAGAUCAUCAAGAUAUUCAAGAGCCACCGGAUGAUGAUGGAACUACGGAGGCUGAAGCAACACAUCAACAUCAUGAACAAGAAUCGACACCUCGAGAACUAGAAAUUCCACCUGAAGAGACGACGAAAGAUCCAGAUCGAGAACAAGAGACUCCUGGUCCAGAUCAAAAUUUUGAGCAAAAUGAUGAAAAACCUAGUGUUGAUGAAUCAGGAUAUCUAGAUCUAGUGGAGGAAAAGGAGUUGGAACCUGAUCACGAUUUCAAACAAGAAAACGAAGAUCCUAACCUCGAGAAGACGGCAGAUCGAAGGCCGGAACCAGAUCUCGAUCCGAUACAGCAGAAGUCUCCGACUGCAUUCUCGAGUGAGGAUGAAGGAAGCGCAGAGGGCAGCGAGAUCGAGGAGAAGGAGAAGCUGAUGAGAGAGAGGAGGAAGAGGAAGAGGAAGAGGAAGAGCGCGCCUCUUCCUCUAAAUUCUUCAAGUUUAGUGGCGGGAUCUGCUUUUAUAUUCUCUCUGGUUGUUUUGGCUUUUCAUUUGCGCAGAGAGAGGCGGCGACCCGCCCGAGACUAAAUCCCGCGCCAUUUUUCUUUAUUAUUUAUUAUUUCUGGUAUAGUUUCUCUAUUUUUUUCCGUAUGACUUAUUUCGAUAUUUGGUAUUUACUUAUCUAUAAACUAGUGUGCCCCAUGAGAAGGCAUGAUUUUUCCUUUUUU